CGUGUUGUUGCACGUCUUAUUAUUUUUUUCCUUUUUUUCCCGCAGCGCACAACGUUCAGGUGCUGCGCGGUCAGAGAGCGCGCGAGUGGGAGUGCAGCUACGUCAUCCGGUCAAGUGUGUUAUUGGUUGUACAGUUUGGGAAAAUCGGACCGUGCGUGGCUGGGGGGACACUGAACGGAGGAGAGGCCAGGGCUCGUUAUCCUUCCGAUCUUUUCGCGAGGAAAAAAAAACUAACCCGGGGUUCAGAAAGCCAGCUAGGUGUUGCCCGAAGAACCAGCGGGACGUGACAAAGGCUGCCGCAGUUGUUGUUUUGAACUUUGCUUUUCAAAAAUUCGGUUUCCGUCCUCGGUCUACCUGAUGGAGUCCCACAGAGAGACGUCGUUCCGCCGAGAAGAGAUCAACAGUACCGUGUGGGAAGUGCCAAGGAAGUAUAUAUGCCUGAAACAAAUUGGGACGGGGGCGUACGGUACCGUGUGCUCGUCCAUCAAUGAGAAGACCAAGGAGAAGGUGGCCAUUAAGAAGCUGCACCGGCCCUUCCAGUCGGAGAUAUUUGCCAAGAGGGCCUAUCGGGAGCUGCGUCUGCUCAAGCACAUGAAACACGAGAACGUGAUUGGGCUGCUGGAUGUGUUCACCCCCGCCUCCAGCAUGGAGGACUUCCAGGACUUUUACUUGGUGAUGCCCUACAUGUACACGGACCUCUCGAAGGUGCGGGGCCUGCUGUCGGAGGACCGCAUUCAGUUCCUCGUCUAUCAGAUGCUCUGUGGGCUGAAGUAUAUCCACAGUGCGGGCAUCAUUCACAGGGACCUGAAACCCGGCAACCUGGCGGUGAAUCAGGACUGCGAGCUGAAGAUCCUGGACUUUGGGCUGGCGCGGCACGCGGACGCGGAGAUGACGGGCUACGUGGUCACCCGCUGGUACCGGGCGCCAGAGGUCAUUCUAAACUGGAUGCACUACACCCAGACUGUGGACGUUUGGUCGGUUGGCUGCAUCAUGGGAGAGAUGAUGAACGGCAAGACUCUCUUCAAAGGGAAAGACUACAUGGAUCAGCUGACACAGAUAAUGAAGGUGACGGGGGUGCCGGGACCAGAAUUCGUUCAUAAACUGGACAGCCAGGAGGCGCGGACCUACGUGCGCUCUCUCCCUCACUACCCCCGGAAAGACUUCUCCACGCUCUUCCCCAGAGCUAGCGUCCAGGCGGUGGACCUGCUGGAGAAGAUGCUGGUCCUGGACGGGGAGGCCCGGCUCACGGCAGAGGCGGCCCUGGCGCACCCGUACUUCGACGGCCUGCGGGACCCCGAGGACAUCCCGGAGGCGCAGCCGUACGACGACAGCCGAGACAACGCCACGCUGUCCAUCACGGAGUGGCAGAGGUUAUCCUUUAAAGAAGUGAAGAGCUUUGUCCCGUUUCCACGGCGAGACUCCAAGAGGCGGAACACGUUGACCAUGUCGUGAAGAUAUUGCAAAAGUGACUAUGAAAAAAAUCACUACGCAAAUAUACUGACACAAAUCCUCACUCCAAUGCUAAAAGCAAUACAGCGGUACAAAACCUACCAACAAACAGUACAUGCUGCCCCCCUAUACACACACACACACACACACGCACACAUACACACGCACGCACACACAAGCACGCACGCAUGCACGCACACACACAUACACACGCACGCAUGCACGCACACACGCACACACACACACGCACGCAUGCACACACACGCAAACACACUGCAUACACACGCACGCGCACACACAUGCACACACACCCACACACACGCACGCAAACACACUGCACACACGCAUACACACGCACGCAUGCACGCACACACACACACAUGCAAACACACUGCAGACACGCAUACACACGCAUACACACGCACACCCGCACACAUGCACACACACACACACACCCACACACACCCACACACACGCGCACACGCAGUCAAGGACACGUUCUCAAGGUCCUUCCCUUGUGCCGCAGUGUGUCGAUCCCGUUGUUUCCCUGCUUCUGAUAAUAUCCUCUGCAGCGGCUCAGCCGGAGUGGAGCUGAACCGUUUCUUCAGUCUGGACCAGGACUGCCACACCACAGCAACACCACAACUGGCCUUAUCCGAAGGCAUCGCCACACAGACAGCGACUUUCUGCUCCUUUCAGACUCAAAUGUGGUUUACCGUGCAGCUUGGGGUGUUCUCUGUUGCGGUUCUAAUGUCUUGCUCUUAUAAAUAUAUUUUUUCCCCGUAUUUUUUUAUGAGACGGAGACCAAGAAAGCGUGAGACGGAAAGAGAGACCACUAUGGAAACAAACGUGUGUUUCUAAUGUACGUGAAAAGGGAAGCGAAGUGUGUGUUUGAGCGAAUUUGACAACGAUUACAGCUGUGUAUUUCAGUAGACUAUGCUCGUUAUUCUUCUGUUUUUUUUUUUUGUGAACGGUGUGAAGCUCUGCUUGUUAUGCAUAAGAACAGGCUUAAUUUCUUUAUUUUCCAUUAUUGUUAUCAUAAAGUGCACUUAAACAAAUGUGGAAAGAUGAUUGUGGCAAUUCUUCUGCUUUUCGACUGUCUGUUUGGUAGACUGCUUUUUAACAGGAAAUAACAAUGCAAUAUUUGUAUUCUGCCCUUUAACUGUACAAUAUGGAGAAACGUGGGAUCACACCUUUGUUUUUCCCCCACAGUUCCUUUAUUGUAGAAUGCUUGAAUGUCCUGUGCCUCAUUGCAUAUUAGUAAUCACACAUAGUUCUCACGAUCAACUAAAACAUCAUUUACUAAUAAUGGACCAAAACAAAUGAGCAUGGCUGGAUUUGAAAAUGAAAUGUGAUGGAUUUGCUGUACCGAAGCUUUCAUUUCCCCACCGUGUGUUUCUAAAAGAAACGUAUUAUCAAUAAAAAAAAAAGACAAGCAAAUGCGUGAUCACAUUUCCCCAUGUUUGCUGAAUCUGAAACCCUGCUAUUAAAACUGCAUUUUCAUAAUUCUGAAUAUGAAUUAAGGACAGGAGGCGAUGCCUCACUUUAACAACUCUC